UCUGCAUAUUGUUGUCUGAGGAAUUAUCCUGUUGUUUUGUCAAAUAUUUCCAGAGGACACAAGCUUCUCCCCUGUUUCAAGUUAAAUGUAUGUUGUUCCAGAUCCCAAACUGUGUCAAAAUGGUUGAAGCAGAUCGUCCUGGCAAGCUGUUCAUUGGUAGGCUGAAUACAGAGACUAAUGAGAAGGCUCUUGAAUCUGUCUUUGGCAAAUAUGGCCAUAUAGUAGAGGUUCUCCUUAUGAAAGACCGCGAAACCAACAAAUCAAGAGGGUUUGCUUUUGUUACCUUUGAGAGUCCAGCAGAUGCCAAGGAUGCUGCCAGAGAUAUGAAUGGAAAGUCUUUAGAUGGAAGAUCAAUUAAAGUUGAACAAGCUACCCAGCCAUCCUUUGAAACCUGUAGACGUGGGCCCCCUCCCCCUCCAAGGAGCAGAGGUCCUCCAAGAGGUUUUAGAGGCGGAAGAGGUGGAAGUGGAACACAGGGUCCUCCUUCAAGAGGGAGUUAUUUGGGUUCUUCUAGAGGCCCUCUACCGAUGAAAAGGGGUCCACCCCCACGUAGCGGUGGCCCACUACCUAAAAGACCUGCUCCUUCUGGACCUGUUCGUAGCAGUAGUGGAAUGGGAGGCAGAGCACCCCUUUCACGCGGUAGAGACAGUUAUGGAGGACCGCCAUGCAGAGAACCACUGCCAUCACGAAGAGAUGUCUACCUGUCUCCAAGAGAGGAUGGUUACAGUACUAAAGACAGUUUUCAUUUCCAUAGCUAUUCAAGUCGGGACUAUCCAAGCUCCAGAGACACAAGAGAUUAUGCUCCACCUCCAAGAGAUUAUGCCUACCGUGACUAUGGUCAUUCCCGUUCACGUGACGAGUAUCCCUCAAGAGGUUACAGUUAUUCCUCUUACAGCAAACGUGAUGGCUAUGGAGGGCAUGACCGGGACUACUCUGAUCACCCAAGUGGGGGCUCAUACCGACAUUCCUAUGAGAGUUAUGGUAACUCACGUAGUGCUCCACCUGCACGAGGGCCCCCUCCAUCUUAUGGUGGAAGCAGUCGCUAUGACGAUUAUGGGAGCACCCGAGAUGGGCAUGGUGGAAGUCGAGAAAGUUACUCAAGCAGCAGAAGUGAUGUCUACUCAAGUGGCCGUGAUCGUGUGGGAAGACAAGACAGAGGCCUCCCCCCUUCUAUGGAAAGGGGUUAUGCUCCUCCACGUGAUUCUUCCAGCAGCUCCAGUCGUGGAGCACCCAGAGGUGGUGGCCAUGGAGGUAGCCGCUCUGAUAGAGGUGGAGGCCGAAGCAGAUACUGAGACCUUUUAAAGAGCUGGACCAUAUCAGUUCUUUCCUCCAACAAAUGGAAUGUGGAAGUUCUAUCCUCACUCUAGAGGCCUACUGAAACAUUUGUUUUGCUUUUUUAUUGUUGCUUAUUAAGUUCCCCUCCAUUACUUAAUUUUUUUUUGUGAGGAGAAAGUAAACUUGUUUUAAUUUCAUUUCAAAAUUGUUAAUAUUUCUCUCAGAAAGCAGAUGUUAAUGUAUGACAUUUUUGGCCUGUGUACUAGUGGUGUAACUUUUUUAAGUAAAGGUUAACCCUGAAAU